CACUGCUCCAGCCACAAAGAAAGUUCCACGGAGCCCUACGAGCUGCCCCGGUCAACACACAGUGACUUCGAGCCCUCGCGAGCUUGAGAGUCGCCUUUGACGACACUCACCUACCUCAUGGCCGACCACCAGCUCGUUCUGCUCCGCAGGCAGUACCGCCAACUUUUCGAGCCAGACUUUAUCUCAUGGCCGCCUCUCGCCCUCCUCCGCAACGACGACGUCCAGGCCUGGCUAUAUCGCCACCUCUUUGAUUCCACGCGCAAUGACUUUCUCCCCCCCGACCAGUACCAGCUCUGCGUGCUCAAUGUCUUGGUGCAGAGGAUAGCGAAAGCCACUGGAAACAGUUCAGCCGUCCACCGCCGUCUCACAAGCCAUCUCGAGCACCUCAAGUCUAUCCAGGAAGACAGCACAACCCGGUCAUCUCAACACAUAGAAGCAUACAUCACAUUCACUUGUCUCCACGCCCGAGACAGCACCUCUGAUCCGGAAAUCGCAAAUGAUCAGGACCCCACAAUCACCCUCCUCGAACGGCGCAGCCUCGUCGUCGGUUCCAAGAUCACAGGCUUCCGCACCUGGGAAGGCUGCAUGCACCUCGCGACUUACCUUCUCACCAGCAGAGGCCAACAGCAUAUCCGCGGGAAGCGGGUGCUCGAACUCGGUGCUGGUACGGGGUUUCUGUCAAUCCUGUGCGCAAAGUUUCUUGGGGCUAGGCAUGUGCUGAGCACUGACGGGGACGGCGACGUUAUUGAGGCGUUGCGGGAGAAUGUCGAUCUGAACAGUGCUGGCGAUGGGGAGAGUGCGGAUGCCGAACACGAUUGUCGGCUGCCUGUUGAUGCAAGGGUCCUCUGGUGGGGAGAAGGACUUGGCGGGAUGUGGGUGCAGGAGGAGUUCCAGCGAGAGCCAUUUGAUGUGGUUCUCGGGGCAGACAUCACGUAUGACAAGGAUGCGGUCGUGCUCCUUGCUUUCACGCUGAAUGAGCUGCUCAAGCUGCAGCCCCAACUUGAAGUUAUCAUUGCUGGGGUCGUUCGGCGAGCAGACUCGUUCGAGCUGUUCUUGUCAGAGUGCAACCGAUUCGGUUUCACGACCACAGAAGUCCGCUUCGAGGCAAAGCCCAUGCGCGAGCAAAAGGCACUGUUUUAUGCAGCAGCCAUGCCGCUCAAGAUACUAUCCAUCUGCGGACCAGCAGUGGAUUCGGCCCUUUGAACGGUUGGAGACAAGCUCUGGCCACUGAUUCGUGGCAUGCAACGCAAGGACAGCCUAGUUCACAUCCUUUGGUGCAUCCCACCUCAGCCCAAACAAUCUGAACGGUCCGAACCCCGAGUACACCGGGGCGUGGCUGGCAAGAUCCAUAUCCGCGUGCCCGGUAUGCUGAAACCCACACUUGCCGGAUAGGAAAGG